ACACAGCAGGACAAGAGAGAUACAGGACUAUCACCACAGCCUAUUAUCGUGGGGCCAUGGGCUUUAUUUUGAUGUAUGACAUCACAAAUGAAGAAUCCUUCAAUGCAGUGCAGGAUUGGUCAACUCAGAUCAAAACAUACUCUUGGGAUAAUGCCCAGGUUAUACUGGUUGGGAACAAAUGUGACAUGGAAGAUGAGCGGGUCAUUUCAACCGAGAGAGGUCAACAUUUAGGAGAACAGCUCGGGUUUGAAUUUUUUGAGACAAGUGCCAAGGACAACAUUAAUGUCAAGCAGACAUUUGAACGUCUUGUGGAUAUCAUCUGCGACAAAAUGUCAGAGAGUUUGGAGACAGAUCCGGCCAUCACUGCGGCGAAGCAGAACACGAGACUCAAGGAAACGCCUCCUCCACCGCAACCCAACUGCGGCUGCUAACGUUCCCAUCAACACAGGCGGCGCAGGAGGCUGGGGGCCAGCAAACAGCAUUUAGGAGUGGUCAGUUCGCCUUCGCGAAUCCUGCCUGAAAAUGAGGGAAAUCUAUGAUGUCAAUGGCUCAUACAUGCAUUCAGUUCUUGGGAGAUUUCCUAUACUAGUAUAUGGCAAAUGUGUGAUCUUCAAUUUGUAAGGACUAUCUAUCCAUCUAAACAUCUGGUACUUGCAUGUGAUUUGUUAUUUGUCUUUUAGGCUCUUUUGUUUCACAUUUCUUUUCAGAUUAAGCUACUGCCAGAACCUCAGACCAUAAUUUCACCACAACUGACUUGUUACCAGGAGUUGAAAAUAUGUUCCUCACUCAGGACUACCAGGGAAUGGCUUGUGUGUGAGCCAGGGGAGAUCUCAGGGCUUAUUUGCUUUACUGUUAAUUGAAAAUCAAGUGGAAAUAACUGUCAUCAGGGAGACUAUUGUGGGCUGGUCAGUUUGUUCUUCCAGAAAUGAGUCUCUUUUUCAAUGUAUUAAUAAUUGAGAGGUCCAUGGAGGAAAGGUAUUGAAGUACUGUAUUUAAGGCCCUUGCAGAUUUCCUGACAGAUUAAUAUUUACCUGACUGGAACUAAGGUUAGAUGUACAAGGAAUGCUCAAACCUGAGACUGCCCUUCUCACUGAUUCUACAUAGGUUUUUGAAUAUUUGAAGGCUCUGACAGAUGAAAGGUAGAUGCUGAAUGUGUUAUGCAACAAGCAUUUUAACCAAGAAAAAUGUGAGGGGUUCCAAAAGCCUACACUUACUCACCCCCCACACUUGCUCAAUAGCUAGCCCCCAGUCACAUAGACCACCCCUUACACUUGGAGUCUUGAAGCUUGGUCGAAUCCCCUCUACUUACCUAACACAUUCUACUCAUACCUCAGCUCCUGCGAUGUUACCUAAUUAGAAUUAUUUAAACCAUCUCUCAAUGGCCCCUGUGUUAAGGAAAGAAACUUCUCUAAUCUUUCUCAAUUCCAGGUGUUCAUGAUUCUAAUGCAUACCUACAUUCGAUAAUCCUUUAAAUAUGCUUUCCUCAGAGAUCACGCUUUAGAGCUGAGAGCUCUAGAAAUACUCUAGGAUGGCAUAAGCAAUUUGAAAGGGGAAAGGAAAUCAAUUGAAUAUCCAGAUUCUUUCUCCCCAAUUACUCUGAAGAUUAUAUGUGACCAAUGAGCAAAGAAAGCCCACCAGCUUUCUGAGGUUGGAGGAAUCCUGGCUCCUGCCAGCAUGCUUUCCAGCUUAGGUGUUAAGAAGGAAGCUGGUGUAGCGAGGGUAUGUGGAAGGACCGCUUAGAUGGUGAGUUCCCUUUUUUAGACAGUCAUGUUAAAAAUAGACGCUUUGAUGUUUUAAAAAGUACCUCAUAAGUAGAGAUACUUCCAGUAAAAGUACUGGAUGCAGGGGAGUGGAGGGGAAACAUCCACAAAUCUGAUGAUAAACACUUGGGAACUUAAUUCCAUCUCAGUUGAAUGAUGAAAAUUAUACAAGAAUGCACUUGUUAAGCGAUCUGUGGUAUUUCUCACCUACUUAGCUUAAAAUCAACAAAUCAUUAAUACAUUUCUACUUCAGUACCCCACAAGACAAGCCUUCACUUAGUAGAGACAAGAAUCUACCCAUGUUUUCUUAGACCUUAAGGGGGCAAGCAGUUUCAAAAUCACAGAAACUAAAGAUAAUGAAAUCAGAAAUUGGAGCAGGUGUGAGAAAUCAAAGCAGAUUAUUCCUGCAACAGAAACCUGUCAGCAUGACACUGUAAUAUUUUUAUAACCUGGAUGAGAAUUGGCCAUAUUCAGCGGCAUCACUGUUAAACUCGUUUUAGCUCUAACCUGAAGAAAGAAGUCAGGAAGACAUUUCUUUCCUCUCUGCCAGUCCCCACCUGAUUCACAUACACACUCACAUCGGGCCUAGCUAGGCUUCAGAUUUCCCCCUUACAGAAGAAUCGUGAUAUAUAUUCUUGUGAGGCAGAAAACAGAAAAAAAAAAAAAAAUACUGUGAAAAAAUAAACAGAGGUAUUAAAGAAAAUAAAAGUGGAAAACAAAAUGAGUGGAGAAAAGUGUAAGGGAAAGAGCUGAUUUUACUUUGCUCUCAUCUAAACCGCCACUGAAAGCUGAUGCCAGUCAGUUUAACUGGCCCUAAGGCCAGAAACCCUAGGCCAGGUGCCCAUUCACUCAUGUCAGAUGUGCCAAAGCUGAAAUACUUUGUGCAGUCAGGGGAAGGCGUGCAACCCCAGGAAUCAUCAUUUGUGCUACAGCCAAUACCUCUGGUUUCUAUUUCCCAAACCUCAGCGGAAAUAGAGCCGAACUACCUGAUUCUCACUUCUGAAGCUCCCAGUACAGUGUAAAGUUCACUGAGAAGUUUCUAGAGAGGAUUAUCACAGAGCCCAAGUGAAUAAAUACUUAUGACUCUGCUAUAAAACAUGUGUGAGGGGAGAAUAUCCUCUGUUCUCAACCUCAAAAGAGCCUGAUAAGAUUUGUCAGAGGUGCCAGGCCAAGUGACCAUGAGACUUUCCAUUGGCAACCACAUUCCUUAUGAAACACAGCGCUAUCUCCUGCCCACUCACCCUCCUGCACCUUCUCCCUCUGCCAGCAGACUAGGUAACCACAGGCCAUUUCUUAAUAAUAGCCUAUCGAUACAUCAAUCUAGAAGAGCGAGACACCUUAAAAGUGCAUGCUUGUGUUCAUUUGUGACUUUUAGAUGCCCAUCUUAUUUUGGAUGCAAUUCAAUUAAUGUUUCAAGUAUGGCUUUCUUUCCUCACUAAUCCUAUUCCUCCAAUUCCCUUUGAAAGCAAACCUUGUUUCUUAGCAGAUGUUUCCCAAGUGUUUUCUAUUGGUAUUCCUAAUAUAAUUGAAAGAUUGGAUCAAAAAUUAUUUCACCUAAAUAAUUUGGAGUGAAUCAGUAUUUCAGUUUUGGGGUAUAUGAAUGAAUGUACAAAAUGUGUGAAAUUUCUUAAUCCCUAAAGGACAGCUUAAAAGUUAGCAUCACAUCUACAGGUCAUCAAUCAGUUCAUAGCUACUACCCCCAAUGAGCAGUUUCUACUUUCUGGAUAAAAUGAAGACGAAGCACCAAGAGGUUCUGAACUGACUCUUAGAGCUCCCCUGAGGUUCACCUGAAGACAGUAUCCCUUUAAUGCCUGGUGAAGAAGUGCUAAGAUUAUUUAGAUAAGCCCUUCAGUUGUAGCAGAAAGCUGUACCAUUGCUCUGGUAAAUGUGAUAUUCUACAAAGCUACAACCCAUAUCAAGGUAUUUCUGUACACUAUAUGUGUGUGUGUACCUGUGUGUGUGUACACACACACACACACACACGUUUCACCUACUUUUAUCCAAUGGUUUUUUUUUUUUAAGAGUUAAAGUUCAAUUUUUACUAUAUGAGGAUAGACUUUCACAUGUAACAGAUUUCCAUGAAGCUAUUUUAAUUUGGGAGUCUGGCCGUCUGAUCAGUGGUUCAUUGUAACAUGUUUUGUCAACAUAUAUUGAAUGUGUGGUGAGGAUGGACUGUACGUUUUUCUGGUUAACUGUGUGGCAUUGGUGGGCUAUAAUGACACAUGUCCAGACUCAGCCAGGGCUGAGGGGGGAAGCUGCAUGUGAGAACUGAGAAGUCUUUUAUUAGUCAUGUCAGAAACUCUUAGACCAAAGAGUGUUUACUAAUUUUCAUAGUAGUAUUGAAAUGCUCCAUUGUGUAUUUUUGGUGUGGCCUACUUGGAUGGUGGCCUGCCUGCCUGAAGAAUCCUCUCAAACUACAAUUUGUGUGACUGGUGGCUGAACUCUUAUCCCUUUGUGUGCAGGCUAGGUGGGGUGCCAUCCCCUAUGGCCUGGGGAGCACACAGCCGCCUCGCUCUGCUCAGCUUGCCUGGCUAUGGGCACCACCCUCUUAGGUGCUUCCAGAUGGUGGUGUCCUUCUGAUGAAUGGUACGAUUUAGGGAUUAGCAUCAGCUUUUCAGAGUUCCUUAUAUUUUAGGUGAAUUUUUGACCAAAGCCAAUUACGGACAUAAACCUGUUUAAAUUCUGGAAUAAGUUUGGACAAAUUGGCAGAAGAUAAAAGUUUAGGAUCAGAUAAAAAGCAUAUUUACUCCUCCGGUGACCUACAGGGCCCCAGGUUUGGCUAUAGUAUCCCUUGAGGUAGCAAAAACAAGUCUGGGGAAGUUAUCUAAAAUAUAUCUACCAAUGUUACUGAUAUUUCAUGAAUAAAUGAUUUGAUAUUCUUAAAAAACUUUAGAGAAAUGCUUGACGCUCCAGUCAAAUAUUUGAAGACUGUUUGCUGGGGCCACUCAGUAUUGCCCCUCCCAACACACACACACACACACACACACACACACACACACACACCCCUUUUAAAUGAAGAAAAAUUUCCACAUAUGGUGCUUUCUCCAUGUGAGAGAGAAGGAAACUUUUACUCUAUUCCAGCUGUAACUCACAUUUUGUUUGAAAAGGUCUACAGAAUAAGCUUUUCAUAUAGAUUUGAUUAGUGUGUCUGUGCAUAUAAUUAAUUCCCAUUAAAAUUAGAGGGUAGAGAAAAUAUAUCUUACAGACACUCUAAAGUAAUUAUCUUAAAAUCUGUCAGUGCUUGAAUAGGAAGAUCAAAUCAUGGAACUAGUAGCGAAUUGAACUUUGCAUUUGCAUUUCUCUUUUCUACUUCAGAUUUUUUAAAAUCAUUUACAUUUCUAAAAGCACUAUUCUCACAAAAUGACAGUAUCAGGAAUAGGAAACAAGACUCAAGUUUUCCCAUUUAUCUCCCAUCACCACUAUUAUCAGUGGCGUUUCAACCAGUUACUACUUGCUAAAAGGAGGUUGGGGGUUACCUGUGUAUUUCACUCACCUGUGUUCAUAUUUCCUUCUUCGUGGACAACUGCAAGUUGGUUAUGGCUUUAUUGCUAAUGAAAAUAUUCCACAUUCAUGCUGGUGAGAGCUAGGGAUUGCUCAGGUUCACGAAGACUUUCCUGAAAAACACAGUUGGGACAUUAACCACACAGACCUGGCCUCCCAGGGACAUUUGCAUGGACACUUAUCUAGUGGUUCCAUAACCCAUGUGGAAGUGAAGUCUGGGGGCUGUCUGCUGUAGCCAUAAGGUUUUCCAUGCAUUAUUUCAUCAUCUCUAGGAUGUGUACUGAAUGAAAAUUUCCUGUAAUUCCUGUUAAUAUUGUUAAUGUCAGACGUGAUGUGAUACCGUUGGACUGUCCAAAUGUACAACUAUAUAAUGGUGUUUGUGGAACUGAAAUGUCUUAAAUGUUGCAUGAGAUAUGUUAUAAAAAUAGAUUUGUUUUCUAUUUUUCAACACCUCAGAAUUGAGGGUUCAUGGGCCAAUAAGUGCAAUAUUUAAUGACUUAUUCAGUGUAUAUAAACUAGUGUGAAAGUGUGAAUCAUAAUGAAUGUGUGCUAUUGCUUUGAUGGCUGUGUAAUUUAUUCAAAUUAUUUCCUGUAGCUGUAUUUGUCUAGUGGUGCAGUUUGUACAGUAAAUACCUUAUUGGUGUCAUGUGAAACUCCUCUGUGCCUACUUCAGAGUAUUUUUUUUCCUACAAGACCAAAUGUUUAGUAUCUGAAAAUAUGUCAAUUUUCCCUUUAGAACUGUGGGUUUUAUUUUCAAAACAAAAAGACUGUUUAUUUUAUCUAGUCUUUUCCUUAUUUACGUUCAUAAUUUUCCUUAAGCCUCUUUUAUAAUAUGCUAGUUUAGAUAUCAAAGAAAAAUAAGCAUAUACGAAAGUUACUUAAGUUUUCUCAGAAAUGUUGAGCACACAUUCUGUAUACUGAAAAAUGUCACUUGUCUUAUUGUUUACAAAUGUAACACUGUCAUCCCUGAGUACUCCAAAAUAUUGAUGUUUUUUAGGUUGUAGCAAUUUUCAAUUGUCCACACUGGUGAUAACAG